AUGUACAACCAGAAGGCGGUGAUCAAAAAUGCAGACAUGUCGGAAGAGAUGCAACAGGACUCGGUGGAGUGUGCUACCCAAGCGUUGGAGAAGUACAACACAGGAAAGGACAUUGCGGCCCACAUCAAGAAGGAAUUUGACAAGAAGUACAAUCCCACCUGGCACUGCAUCGUGGGGCGGAACUUCGGUAGUUACGUGACACAUGAAACCAAGCACUUCAUCUAUUUCUACCUGGGUCAAGUGGUCAUUCUUCUGUUCAAAUCCGGUUAGAAGCACAGCUGUGCCAAACACCCAAUGACCCAUCCAAACACAAGGACUGUAUCCUAGAUCCAAAUACCAGAGACUGAAUCUUCAGCCUUGCUAAAGGAACACCUCGUUUGAAUCUGUUGUGUUUUGUACAGGGCACCAUCCUCUGUACCUUUGUGGUUAUAAACUAAUUAGUAAAACAGCAUAUAUUUGUAUUUAUUUUCUAGUCCAUACUUCUGUACCCCAUUUUUU